AUGUUGACCGGCUCCCGUUCUGACUGUUCCCCCACUUUGCCAGGCCUACCGAACGAGCUCACUGCCGAGAUCGCGGUUUGGGGCCAGCGCACAUGGCUUGAAGAGAGAUGCAACGCUCGCGCUGUUAUCAUUGAAACCGACCGCUUGACGCCUGUUGUCGUCGACCAAUAUGACUGUCGCGGUGUCACUGCAGGCGUAGUCAAGGGUUGUUUGGCAGAUGGACCGCUCCUGCCGCAACAGCCGGCGCACGCACUCAUGCACACUUCUUCCGGCCUUUCUCGUGCCUUGCGAGAUGUUAAAUCGGUCUGGGAAAGGACCGCCAAUACCCUUGUGCACGCUGUGGCUUGCAUGGCCGGGAAACGGGCCGUUCCACCCCCUGCGUUGAUGAGCGCCGGUGCUCGAUUCUCGUAUCAGACCGACGUACUCGUGGCGGAAAAUGUGUGCUCUUGCAUUAUCGCUGGGAUUCAAGCGUUCUAUCCCACCCUCCGCAUCGUCAAGCUAUCCCUCCCGUGGGCUUAUGUCUCAGAGCUGGGGAAGACCUCCGUCUCCACGUUCUUCCGAGACCAUCACAGUCAAGACGCCAGCCCUCUCGAAUACUUUGACGUAGUGCUCCACGACGACGUCCAUCACAAUUCUGAGUUUCUAUCGCCGUAUCGCAGUCCUUCCUUGCGUUCCUGUCGCGUAGGGAGGACUUCGUUCUUCUUUUAUGGGCCGUUACUGGAAACUCUGAAUAUCGCAUUCUCCUUCGGGAGCAACAAUUACCUUGGGCCCAGUUUUCUGAAUGCCCUGAUUCAUUGCGUGCAACUACAGUUCCUAACUCUAGACGGCGGGUCUUGCGAAAUCAUAGAAUCUGCCAUGGGAGACGAGUUCUAUGACGAGAUGCCGAACGUGGUCAGUCUUCCGUCGCUUCGAUAUCUCCGCCUCGUAUUGAGAGCGGACGUCGGAACCUUGUUGCUGGGGCGCCUGGACCUGCCAGCGGACAUUGACGCCCAUCUGGAACCGGUGACGGCGUGGCGCGCCGCGGCCGAACAUAAAGAGGAAGUCAACUUCUCGUCCGUCCCUGGGGCUGCGAUGCUGUGGCAAUACGCGAUGUCUCUGGGAGCGUCGGCUUGCACUCCCACGAUUUUCAAUCAUCCCGCGCAAUUCGCGUUGCCACCAGAUGGUCUUGAAGAAGACAUCAUACGUGCCCUAUCUACGGCAGUCAUUAAAAUUGUCAUCGAUCCGGUCUCUCUGCGCUCCGUGAACGAAAGCGAUAUGUUUCCCGAGAGCAUCACCUUCAUGCUAGCGGCUGGAAUCCAGGAUGCGAAUGAGAUCCUCAGGGAUGCCACGCAACCGUCGACGCCAAGCCUACCAGGAGAAGGCAAGAUACUGCUCCGACAAUCGCUAACGGUCAGGGAUGCAGCGGUUGCAGCGCAUGAUCGUGACCCGAGGGUACAUCGUUGGCCACUAGGGCUUGGAAACAUGCUGAUUCAGCACAUUGCCGACGUUCUUGUGUCCGGUUAUGGGCGGACUUCUCAGCGCGGGCUAAGCAACAUCACUAAUAUCAUCGUGGACGGGACAUUGUGGAUGUCGCAGACGUGUAGCGAUUGGGCGAAGAUUCUGAACCCUUUCGACAACGCGGUCCACCUUACAAUUUGUCGGCAUGGGCACAUAAAUGUCGAGGCUCUAGUAGUAUAUCUUCAAAGCCAGGACGGUGCCCACCGACUUCCGAGACUUCAAACAAUCGAUUUACCGCUCUCUGAGCGGGGCACGGCAAACGGAACACAGUCGUAUGUCCGGGAAUUGGAGGCUAGUACUAAUCAGUUGCCGCGGUUGCAAGCGGGAGCGCUGCGCAUCCGAUGGAGGGUUGGCCCAUGA